GAGGCAAUGAUGACUUCCCAUGUCCUCCUGCAUACUGGGCAGAAGAUGCCUCUCAUUGGACUGGGCACCUGGAAGAGUGAGCCUGGCCAGCUGUCUAGGACCCUGGAGCCAAGGUCCUGUUGAUCUGGGCAGGCAUUCUAUACAUCCUGGGGACAAGUCCAGGAGCUAGGUCAAUGCAGAGUAUGGGCCCUUGACUUAGGUCAUGGACACAGAAGCAAGGCCAAAGUCAGGGUUAUAGAAUAGCAGGAGUAAGGUCAGGAGUGUGGGUAACCACACCUAGCUGGGGAUCUUGAAUGCGAAGCCAGGCACUCACAGGAAGUGUUUUGAGUGCUUUGUGGCAAGGGCUUGAUACCUUGGGUACUUCCAUGUUUCUAGUCUAGUUUUUAGCAGAUUGACUUACCUAUCCUUCUACUCGAUGGCUGCUUUCUUCUCUCCCACCUAGGGACUCUGGGCUCAACUUUUUCACCUUCCUUGGUAUUUUCCCUGUCAUCUCCUGCUGGCCCUGAGCCUCCAGAGCUCACUCUGCCUACAUGACUCCCCAAGGGCCUUUUCCUGUGUAGCCUUGGCCUAGGAAUGUGUCAUGUUCCCUAACCAGCUCCUCAGGGUUGGAGAGCUGUCUCUAUGACCUGUACUUCUAUUUUUCCAUCUAUCUUUUAAUUCAAAAAUAUUUACCAAAUCCUUCUUUAUGUUAGAUCCUGGGAACACGUGGGUUAGUUUUUUGCUGGGCUGUGCUGAGAUAAUGAGUAGGAAGGGAGCUUGGAGGCUGGUGGGAUGAGGGCAGCACAAAGGAUUUGGGUCCUCUGAAGAAGCUUCUGGUCCUGUAGACUACAGCCGUCUUCCAUCUUCUCAUCUCCACCGCAUGGAUGGCCCUGGUGAAAGAAGCUAUUAAGUAUGCCUUGAGAGUUGGCUACCGCCACAUUGACUGUGCUGCUAUCUAUGGCAAUGAGGCUGAGAUUGGAGAGGCCCUGAAGGAGAACGUGGGACCAGGCAAGGAGGUGUUACGGGAGCAUCUGUUUGUGACAUCUAAGCUGUGGAACACCAAACACCACCCUGAGGAUGUGGAACCUGCCCUCCGGAAGACCCUGGCCGAUCUCCAGCUGGAGUAUUUGGACCUGUACCUGAUGCACUGGCCUUAUGCCUUUGAGCAGGGAGACAACCCCUUCCCUAAGAAUGCGGAUGGGACGAUACGCUAUGACCCCACCCACUACAAGGAGACCUGGAAGGCUCUAGAGACACUGGUGGCCAAGGGGCUGGUGCGGGCACUGGGCCUGUCCAACUUCAACAGCCGGCAGAUCGACGAUGUGCUCAGUGUGGCCUCUGUGCGUCCAGCUGUCCUGCAGGUGGAAUGCCACCCAUACCUGGCUCAGAAGGAGCUGAUUGCUCACUGCCAUGCACGUGGUCUGGAGGUGACUGCUUAUAGCCCUCUGGGCUCCUCUGAUCGUGCUUGGCGGGAUCCUGAUGAGCCUGUCCUGCUUGAGGAUCCAGUGGUCCUGGCACUGGCUGAAAAAUAUGGCCGGUCUCCAGCUCAGGUCUUGCUCAGAUGGCAGGUCCAGAGGAAAGUGGUGUCCAUUCCCAAGAGUAUAACUCCUUCCCGAAUCCUUCAGAACAUUCAGGUGUUUGACUUCACCUUCAGCCCAGAAGAGAUGAAACAGUUAGAUGGUUUGAACAAAAAUUGGCGAUACAUUGUGCCCAUGCUUACGGUGGAUGGGAAGCGGGUCCCAAGAGAUGCGGGGCACCCUCUGUACCCUUUUAAUGACCCAUACUGAGGCCACAGCUCUCUGGCGUGCCUUCCAGCUCACCUGCUAUGAGGUUCUGAUAUCCCCAGAAAGGGAGUUAUUAAAGCUACUGGAGGAUCCACA